CUGGUGUUCAAGAACUCUAAUAUAUGAAUGUUGGGCUCUGCUACUAUCUCUCGUCAGAAACUGCUACUAUCUGUCCGUGUUGUUCAUCUUGAUUCUCAUGAUGUCGGAGUAGAUGAUUGCUCCGUUUGUUGAAUGUGUCGAGGAAGGGUUAUCGGUUCGUUGUGGAGAACGAGGCCGAAUGUGUCGAGGAAGGGUUGUCGGUAUCGGCUCGUUGUGGAGAACGAGAUAAACAUCUUCGGAUUGACGAGUUUUCGUGAAGGUCUGUCUGUCAUUUCGUUGUCCUUCGGUCAUGGUCGAGAUUUUUCUAGUAGAGCAUAAUGGAACCUCACAUUUGCGCAAAUAAAUUUCUGGUCCGUUUUCAGUUCAUCUGGCUCCCACGAUUUCCUCACCCACAACGUCAUCAACCGUUUUUGUACUUGGACUAGAUUUUAUCUGAACACCGUCCUCCAGAUAGUCCUCUUAGACUUUGUUCAGCAUUCAUAAAAGCACUUAGAAUACGUAAACGCACCACUAGAGUCAUCAUCGUCAUCGCCUUCUUCUCCUAGAGUAGUGGUACAACAACUAGAGGUGGACAUCGACAUCAAUUUGAACAUCUUCUUCUGAAAGACAAGUCCAUCAAAUACUUGCAGGCGUACUUCUUCCUCUGAAAGAAUCCCGCAAAUAGUUGUAGUUGUACUCAGAAAAGUCGUAAGUCCAAUCCGAACCGACUAACGUCAUCCGUUGUAGUUGUGCACGUCCGAAAGUAGCACAAAACAAGAAAGAUGGAACACCCAUUGAGUCCUUCCGCGGCCAUUAACAAGGCCAAGAAGAGGAAGCCCUACUUAAGGCUAGUUUUUCACCAUAAUCCUGAGAGGAGUAUGCGUAUGCGGAGUGGAGUCGGUCCUCGUCUCACUUGAUGUUGAUUUUUUAAUGGGGAAACAAACCGUAUGUGGUUCUGGAGUUGUGUGCUGAGCGGAGUCCUCUACUGCUUCCCUAUGUAUCAUAGAGACCAAGCCUUGGCAAGGGGAACAAAAAGAAAAAGGGAAACUCAAGGGGAACAAACCAAACUUGAUUUAAAGGGGAAACCAAGUAGGAAGGUGAUAUGUGUUCUUAGUACUCACUCCUCCAGGGAUAGUGUUACUGUUAGUGAAAAACUAGCGCUAAAGUAAGUCGCCACUUCCCCCAGUAAGAACUCCGACCUCGCAAAGUUCGAAAAAGAUCCAGAAAAGAAGCGUCUGGUACAAGGACCCGAGAACCACAGCAAUGCGAUCUUGUACUUUUUAUUUGGUGUUUGUGUUUGUAGUUGAAAGUUCACGUUGUUACCUCAAGAACUUGAAGAAAAAGGAUCAACUAGAACUACAUUAAAAUCUUUUUCAACAACAUAUAACCUCUGAGGUUGAGCCUCAUGAUACAUUUUGAGGAUACUCAUUCUGACCAAGUUUUCCGUGAAAAAAUGUUAGUGUCUUCAUACAUAGGACUCACAUGUUGGAAAUUAUAGUGCUGAAAGCAGACAGAUUGCGCAUCAUGCUCUCACUAACCAAGGUUUUUUGGUGAGGAAGGAGAGGACAUGGAAGCCCCAUUGCAGAUUACAGGAGCACCUGCAGGUGGAUCGGAGUUAUGGCAACAACUACUUAGACGCUAGGGUAUAGAACAGGUUGAGAAGAAUAAAGAUAGCAGUUAUGCUCUAUGCACAUCUGCUCGUGUGCGUUAAUAUCUUAGAGUGGGAACUUUUCCAGCAUCUGAGAGUAGGAAGAACAGAAUCGUACAAUUACUAACUUGUACUUCGGAAUACCCGAUGAAAUUGAAAUAGAGGGACUUCGGAACAGCCGAAAUAGUAUUCAAUGCACAGACCGUACACGUUUACGAUCAUGCUACUCGGUAGGAGAUGAAAGAAUGGAACGCGUAACAGACAAACGCUGAGCACGUCCAUGCUAACAUGAUUAGGUAGAUGAAGACCACUCAGACGAACUACUUCUAUGUGAAGAUCUUCAUAUCGCUUGUCCCCAUUACUUAGGUGACUAUCCUAUGUAGUACAAGUAGUACAACUGCUAAAAAGUUAGAAGAGGCAGGAUCACCACAUAAAACAUGUUGCGAAGAACUCUCUCUCUCUCUAUCUCCGAUGCUUUCUCUAUCUCUGAUACAACUUUCUCUAUCUCUGAUACAACUUACUCUAUCUCUGAUACAACUUACUCUAUCUCUGACACUUUCUCUAUCUCUGAGACUUCGUCUAUAGCAUGAUUAUGUUAAUGAAUACUCAAAUGGUUUUAGCAUGAAGAUUAUGUUAAUGAAUACUCAGAUGAACUUCUAUGUGAUACAACUUUCGAAAAAAGCCUCCUCCUACUUCUCCUCUAAAGCAAGGAUACGCCGCAACUGAGUCCGCUCAGGCAUAUGGGCAGGAAUCAACUUACUUGGCGGGUCAGGCCACGGUACAAGAAAUGGAUGUCGCCAUUAUGUUGCACAUGCAGGACUAUACUAAACCAUACACAUGACGUAAAGUCUUCUUUUUCUUAGUACUUCUCCUCAAUUGGUUUUGGUAGAAGAAGUAGGAGAGUCGUUUCUUUAUUAAGUGCUCUAAGGCCGAAGAGGUUAGUUACAUUUAAUGGGUAGAAGCUCUGUUGCUUAUCAUUCUACUGACAAGUAAUGAAGUUCUGUUGCCUGUCAUUCUGCUGACAAGACACUAAGUUCUGUUGGCUAUCAUUCUACUGACAAGUUAGUAACUAAGUUCUGUUGCCUGUCAUUCUGCUGACAAGCACAAGUAACUAAGUUCUGUUGCCUGUCAUAGUCAUUCUGCUGACAAGUAACUAAGUUCUGUCGCCUAUCAUUCUACUGACAAGUGAGUAACUAGGUUCUGUUGCCUAUCAUUCUACUGACAAGUUAGUAACUAAGUUCUGUUGCCUGUCAUAGUCAUUCUGCUGACAAGACACUAAGUUCUGUUGGCUAUCAUUCUACUGACAAGUGAGUAACUAAGUUCUGUUGCCUGUCAUUCUGCUGAGAAGUAACUAAGUUCUGUUGCCUAUCAUUCUACUCGUAACUCUGACAUCAGGUAACUAAGAUCUUUUCGCAUUGGCUAUCAUUCUACUGACAAGUAUUAACUAAGUGUAUGUGUAAGUUGUUCUCUGUGCAGGAUUCGCAACCUAACCUAACCCUAUCAUUCUACUCCUGACAAGUAACUACUAAGUUCUUUAUUUGGCUAUCAUGUGUCUACUAAGUUCUUUAUUUGGCCUCCAGUAUUGUAAUUGUGCCCUACUCGCACAUAUCAGAGCAGUCCUUUCUUGUAGGCUACUCUCAUAUACCUGCAUACACAUUUCUCCAGAUGAUAAUGAUCCUUGUACCCUACUCAAGUAGGUGGUUCUACUCGAACCCGAAUCGUCCCAGCCGUUGCGGCCUGGCCGCGGUGCAGCGGACCCUCAACCUUCACCUUAACCUUACCCUACUCGCGUAGCCAUUUUGGCUCAAGGGACCAUACAACGAAAGCAUUUAACUAGUCUAACUACUAAGUAUAGCCGCUGCUCUAACGUAUGGCAGUCCCUCUGUGGUCCCUGCACCCUAACCUCACCUAGCCAAACUCCUCUAAUGAAGAACGCGAGGCGACUGGAUGGCAUGUCACUGUUGCUAUCGGGAACAUUGCUAUGUUUAAGGCUGCGAUGAUAGGUCAUCCUCGACAGAUGAAGAAAGAGUAUUUUUACUCUUUCUAAUAUGUAUAAUAAAUGAACAGGAGUACUAGUUUCUCGAUCUUUUUGCGAAUAAAGAAAAAUCUUAUACCAUCUGAUUUGCGCAUCCUAUACCCCCUGAUUGGGUACACUACGACUAAAAAAGGAUGUAAUGGUAAAUGAGUACGGUCUUCAGGUACAGGCCAAACUGUGGACGACGAGUCAACGCCCAGCCUAACCUAAAUGAAAUGUUAGUGGAGAAGAAGAUCGAGAAGAUCAAGAUGGAAAUGAAGAAAUAUGAUAUGAGGAGAGUGGUCAACACGAGUGGUCUCGAUGAAGCUCUCUGCUCCGCUAAAUAUUACUCUUCAUGCUACCUCCUGCUCCUCUUAAUGCUACCUCCUCUAAAAUGGACUUGAUAUUGCCGCUACAAAUCUGGGUCGAGGUAGCCUUCCACCUAACAACGGGUCAUGCUGUUUGGACUGGGGCGUUAGCCGCGGAUCCGACCAAGGGGGCUGGGCAACUUUUACGGCCCACAUUACAUAUUUAUAAGUAAACGUAACUCAAAAGUCCUUUCAUCUAUUCGAAAUCUUGAAAUAUGCGAGUAGCUACUCGUACUCGGUUGCUUCAGAUCUUUUAUCCACAAAUUAGUAUACUACAGUGAAAAGUAGACAAAUUUGUCGGGCUGCGACAUAAAACGCAACAAGGUGCACCACCUCGCGCUAGGCACAUUCAUUCACUCACUCACUCACCCACUCACUCACUCACUCACUCACUCACUCACUCAUCUACGUCUGUGCAAUUGUUUUUUUGACUAUCAAGUUAACUAAGGAGAUUGGCAACCACCUUGUAGUAAAUAAAAAGCUAAACUCUCUUGUAGCUCGCUCCUUUAUGUACCCAUCUGAUGUGGGCGCUCUGUUACAACCUAUCUUCCUCGCAGUUGUUAAUCAGAGUAUUCGUUGACAAAAACCACAUCUGACAAGCCGCUUGAUGACAGUACGCCUACGCUAGUUGUGCUUGUGAAUGUGAUUCAUCUAAAUAAGAUGGAAUCUCUGAUGUCUUUUCUACCUCGUAAUAAUAUUAUAGCUUAGUUUGCUGAAGGAUAAACAUAGACUAUCUAUUUUAAUCCAAUUCAUACAUAUACGACCCAUUCCCAUACGCACACUCUUCCGAAGCAAGAGAAAGCUCUUGAUUUGACAGAUCGGAUCUCUGCUUCUACUCACGUGGGAGCGAGACGAAAAAUUUACAAUUUAGUAUGUUCUUGAUGCUGUUGGGUUUGAAUCUAAUUCAACACAGCGACAUGCAAAUCAAACCCCCCAAUAUGAAUAUGCGUGGACCCUCGAUGUUCGACUUAAGGCGAAAGUACUAUCAUAAAAAAUUUUACUCUAAAGAAGUAAGUAGGAAGAUUUGGGAACGUGGUAUCAAUCUUAAAGCAGCAGAAUCUUUCUAAAAAUUCUCCUCCAAUUUAUUCUUCUUAUAGGUAGGAAGAUUCUUCAUCAUUUUCCUAAUAAUUCUCCUUACAAGGAGGAACAAGAUUCUUGAUCAUAUCAUACAUUUCCUAAUUCUCCUGACAAGGCGGAACAAGAUUCUUGAUCAUAUGUUUCCUAAUUCUCCUUCUACUUACUUAGGUAGAAUGAAGAUUCUUGAUCAUCUUAUCCUUAAGUACUCCUGAAAAAGUAGGGUGAUAUUAUAAUAGAUAACUUCCUUAAGUAACUAAGAUGCUAUACACUUCUAAGACGAGAACGCCUCCGUGAAGCUCAAGAAAUGCAGCACGGCAACAUGGGUCGCCAUGACGACUUUGCAAAUCAAGAUUUUCAAAAAAUGAAACAGCAGCAUGCAGCUGCAUUCGAUGCAGGACGAUUUGGCCAUGAUGCAAAUGCGUUGGAUCGUGCGAUGAAGCUUAAGGCAUCCACCAGCAUAGAAAGACUUUGUUUGUUUGAGAAGAUAUAAUGCACUUUGGUAUUCCUCGUCCCCUCUCAUUUUACUCGCACUUUGGUAUUCCUCUCAUUAAAUAAAAAUUCCAACAGCGACCUCUUGCCAGGCACAUCAAUCAGUCAAUCAAUCAGUCAAUCAAGCAGUCAAUCAAUCAGUCAAUCAAUCAGUCAAUCAAUCAGUCAAUCAAUCAGUCAGUCAAUCAAUCAGUCAAUCAAUCAGUCAAUCAAUCAGUCAAUCAAUCAGUCAAUCAAUCAGUCAAUCAAUCAGUCAAUCAGUCAGUCAGUCAAUCAAUCAAUUACCUAACACAGUUAAAGUCAAAGCCAUUCUCACACCGGUUACCUAACACAUACGGAGUCAGUGUCAGAGUCAAAGUCAUUACCGAACACAGUUAGACAGAUGUCUGUCCUUGCUCACGUGAAGAACUUCUAGUUAACCACUUAAGUUAGUAAAUAGACUAAGACUGAGUUGUUCUUUUUUAGUAGUAUCUCACCUCGCCAAUGGCAGAAGUCAAGAUGGCCACCCGAGAUGCAUGAUGGUGAAUUUCCUUUCUGGUCGUUUUGUUUCCUUCUAGGCCCGGAUAGAUUCAUCUGCUGUAGAGAUAGACUCAUCUGCUGGGUGGACUGAUACGAGCAAUAAGCCCUAAGCCUAACCUAAUCUCUCUAACCAAUCCUCCUCGAGUUUUGUUGAGUCUCACCCUCAUCAAGCUGUAUUCGACUCCGUCGCGGGGAUGGCUUCGGACCCACCAUAUGGCGUAUUACAAUCGUUCUUCGCAACCUUGUUAAAAAAGACAAACAUGAAGAUGUCGACUUUAGGAAAGCUACGCUGUUAAUAUGUGAAUUUGUUUAAGUUGUACUUUGUUCACGAGCUUCUACUUUCCACAAGAACCACGAACAGCACACGUGGACGAAGAGUUCUAAUUGGGCGGAAAUUUUCCUCAAAAAAUUUUCUUUUUUCGUAGUCGUGAAGCUCACCUCUCGCUCUCCGAGGCGACCCAAUAAUUCCUAUCCUAUCCUAGUCAACAAGCAACAAUAGUCGACUUGGAGCGUAUCCUAGUCAACAAGCAACAAUCAACAACUCCUCCAGUGGUCGAUCGUGAUUUUGAUGGUGGUUUCGAUCGUGCUUUGCCAAAUUAUCGCAUGUUGCGGUUGCUGUGGCCCGAUGAGACCGAUGGGAGGCUCCGGUUUGAACUUUAUGGUCGGAGGGUGAACACGAGCAACUUCUUGAUCUUGUCGUAGUAGGACACCAACUUCUCGUAUUGCUUCACUGGUUCUCACUAGUAGAGACGUGUUGGUGGUAUUAAUAAUCAAUGAUAGGAGAUCAUUGCUACUAUAGUACUAGAACGAAGUACAACUUUUUUUCGGGUGCGUACUGGGUUUCAGUUCUUGCCAGUAUUGUUAUCUUCGGAUGAGAGAUCUGGUUCUUCUUAGCAGCAACAUCAUGUGUAUGUGUUCGUGUUUGUUAGAGAAAAAAAGGAAGAAAAAAUUUUUUUCCUCCAAAAAGUAAAAGUUACCCUAGGUCAGAAGAUUAGAUGCAUCUUCAAUUAGAUUAUAUAGGCUUACUUAGUACUAGUAGGAGGACAUCACGCACGACCACCACCACGGACAGCACAACCUGGACAAGUAGUCACCUUAUAAAGAAAUACUUUAGUGAACAUUCAUGAUCCUACUAGUAACUCAGUUCCUGGUGAACACGCAGGACCCAAGGGAAAAACUACAUGCUUCUUGAACUAGAGAUUAGUGCAGAUCUGACAUGGUGAACUAGAGAUUAGUCAGCACAACAGGCACCUUCACGUUCACAGCUUCUUUUUGAAGAUGAAGUAUUUGAUUUUCACUUCUUCAAGAAAUUGUCUCUUACAACUUUCUUGAAUUACAGAACUACAAGUCUUCAACUACUUCUAUCUCCUUCGUGAAGAAAUCUCUUGCUCUUACAACUUCUUCUAAGAAAACUGGACUUGUGUGGACCGCGGUGGCUGUGAAUCUGGUGAUCGUCAUUCUGGAAUGCGUCCGACCAUCGGUGCGAUUGUUCGGGUUUCACGCCAUGACGUACAACUUCUUUUUCCUUCAAUGAAUUAUCAUUAUCAAUACUCGUUAGUUAGCUAUUGCUGUAAGAGUUUCAAGUUGGAAGUGGUCCUUCUUCUUUCCGACCAAUUAUCCAAAUGAAUCUCAAGUCAGUCUCAAUCUUCAAUAUGAAUCCCAAAUAUAAUGAACGACCACUAAGAAAUACACACAACCUAACCUAUCCUAACGUGUCCUAUCCUAACCUGGAUCCUAACCUAUACUACACUAUCCUAACCUAUACUACCCUAGUAUCCUAACCUAUCUUAUUCUAACCUAUCCUAUCGCUAUCCCAUCCUAUCCUGUUGCAAGAAUUACAACUAAUAUUAUAGGACGACCUCUGGCUUGGGUAAAAUCAUUAUCAUCAUCAUCCUAACCAGGGCGCUUUCGAUCCUACCGUCUUUGAUUUGCAUGACUGGAUUGAUGGGCGGAUAUUUUUCUUCGCUGAAGAAAUAGUAACUGCAGAGCGGAGGCAAUGUGGAGGCUGUGGUAGGUAGUGAGAAAGGUAAAAAGAGGACAAUGACUGAGUAAGUAUGCUAAGAGGAUAAUAACCUAAGAGGAUAGACUAGAUCUCAGUAGAGGUAGUAACCUAAGAGGAUCCUCUCAGUAGAAGUGAGGAUCACCAUGUUGAUCUCAGAGGAUCAUGAAAUGCUGAGGCACAGAGGAUCAUGAAUAAAUGCUGAGGCACAGAGGAUCAUGAAAUGCUGAGGCACAGAGGAUGGCGAAAUGCUGAGGCACAGAGGAUGGCGAAAUGCUGAGGCACAGAGGAUGGCGAAAUGCUGAGGCACAGAGAAUGGUAGACUAAAUGCAUGACGAUAUGACAUGAUGAAUGACAUGAAUCGGGCAUGAAAUACGUAAACUGCAUAGAUAUUGAUAUCUUCAAUUUAUUAGACGUAAACUGCAUGGAUAAGGAUAUUUCAAUUUCAUAAUUAAACAUUUACACCGUUGCGAAUUUGCGAUCACACGCACACACACACACACUGUUAGUUUGGAAUUAAUUACAGAUCUUUAUCGGAAUAGUUAGAGUUGUCUGUAAUCUGUAUUACUACUCUUGACUUGGACCACAAGAAAUGCAUACUUUCUUAUUCAAAAUAUUGACGUGGAGGUACGCAAAAUAUUUAUCCCUUCUUACUUCACGACGUGUAACUAACUUACUAACAUUUCUGCGUCAUGAAUGAAUUUCGACAUUAUGACAUCAUUACGUAGAAGAAAUUGAACGUGAACAAGAUGCGUAUAUGCAAAUGCAUCAAGACUUUCUCGAUUUAUCUAGAAUGAAUGGAACACACUACCUAGUAACUACUUCGGCCGUACAUUAGGCCCUGUGGAGGAAUUGACGGCCAUUGGCUCGGUCAGAUACAUAAACACAUAGGCGCGCCAAUACAUCGACAAAGAAUAGGACUUCGGCCGUACUACACUUGGCCCAUAGGCCCACACGGCUGCGCAACACUAUGCGCCAUCGAGCUUGCGCGCUACCAUGCGCCCAUGCGAUUCCACGCACGCGCGCAAUACCGUGCGCCUACACCCCAGCAUACGUCCGCGCACUAAAGUAACGACACUGACUGGAAACGGAGCGCCGUCGGAUUGUCGGCAUAGCAUGGCGUAGUCUAGUAUAGCAUAGCCGAGCACAAAACACCCUCCGGCCGUACACCUGGCCCACAGGACUGCAGACGGCCAUCGACAAACAUGGCCAGCUUCGCCCCCCUCCGCCGCUUGCCAAUACAAUGGCCGCGGGCUGUGCCUCUUCCGCCAAUGCAUUGGUGUGCGCAAUACACGCGUCACCAUGCGCCCACGCGCUACCAGGCGCCCACGCGCUGCCAUGCGCCCAAGCGCUACCAUGCGCCCCCGCGCUACCAUGCGCCCGCCCGCGCGCGUCCAUGCGCCCACGCGCUACCCACCAUGCGCCCACGCGCUAAUGCGUUGCGCCUAAGGGUUCGAGUGCUGCAUCAUAAAGGCCGUUGGUUGCACAUAGCCCCAGGAUUACACUCCUGAGCGAGCGAGGAAUGAACUCGAAGCCUCUGCAUAGAAACAAACCUGAUCCCCCGGGUUCAAAAAAAAAGACUCAAUUAAUUUCCGCACUGGCCAAACUGGGACGCCGCUUAUCGUUGUGUGCUCCUCGGCGGUGUGAUGAAGCAGAAAGUCUACAAGGCAGGAGCAGUCUGGGCACUGGUUGGCCGUAGUGCUCGGGGGCCCGACACAUCGGCGGCGUUUCUGCUAGCUCUCAAGUAGUACCUGCCCGGAGGUGCAUAGUUUGAGGGCCCUCCACGUAUGACAAUAAUAAUAGUAAUAAUAAUAAUAGUAAUACUUCUACCUAGUAACGCGGCGAAAAAUGCAAAACAUUCGACCUGGGAUUGGGAAUAUUAUUGAACAAGUCAGACGCGGAUCAACAUCAAGAACAAGAGCAGGAAGUUAAAGUAACUGGGAACAAAUAAGACAAUACUGGGUCAUUUCCAUAAAU